AUACAACAAAACCAAGCCAUGUCGGAUUUCUCACCACAGCCAAUUAGUCGCAGCGCGAGCCCACCCCGAGGGGAUGCAGACCAAUUCGUCCAUUGGAAGCCAGAAGUUGGCGUAGCUAACCCUCCGUCACGACUGUAUCAUAAGAAGUCAAGAUAUGGUUGCCAGCAAUGCCGAGCCAGGCGCGUUAAAUGUGACGAAGUCCACCCUCUAUGCGGAAGCUGCCAGCGGCAUAAGGUGUCUUGCAAUUAUGCAAGGCCCGGGCCAAGUAGAUCAAAUGAAAGCUCGGCCUCCACCUCCAGGGCUAAGAUAGCCAACGACGCGACAGUUUCUGCGAAAGAAAACCCCCAUGCAGAAAAACGGCGCAUGCUCGAGCUAAAACUCCUUUACCUGUAUAUGACUAACACUGGAUGGACCGUUUCCAUACCAUCGAGUGGAUCUACUAGUGAAAGAUCGCGGGAAAUAUGGGUCUCAGAGAUGCCUGGUCUAGCAUUGAAGCAUGACUCGCUCUUAUAUUCCAUAUACUGUAUAACCGCAAUGCAUCUCUCUAAGACGGAGCCUCUAAACGUUGAGGCUUUAGAAGCAUCCAACACCUAUUUCGGCCAAGCCAUCCGAAUUCACCGGCAUGAGGUUAGCCAGCUUAAUAAAUCCAACGCGGAUGCGGCCCUUCUUACAGCAUCGGUAAUUCGUCUUUGCGCUCUCGUCCUAUUACAGGACAGGGAGCCCACCCCAUAUACGCCUCCUACAGAAUGGCUUUUGAUAACGAAGGAAGCUGGAUUCGUAUUCGUCGAGGCAUAUCCAUACGUCAAGGAUGACCCAUUGGCGUUAUCAAGGGAAAUUUUGGAUAAUAAUAAAGAAUUAACUGAGAAUGGCGCUGUUUUCGCGGGCAAGAGACCGUGGGAUCUUGAGACCGCCUUCGGCGCCGUUGUGGCAAGCAAGAAACCGUGGGAGCUUGAGGGCCCCUUUACCGUCAAGAAUCCAAACUGUCUUGCCCACCUGCUUGAACGAAACCAAGACCACGAAAGGGAUGAGCCCUGGAAUGCAGAUAUCGAAGAGGUGUAUAAGAAGGUGAUAAGUUUUAUCGGCACAACGAAGAGCGCAGUCGACGCCAAGAAGAACUCUGGAGAUGUUCUGCGGCUGUUGAUCUUGUUCCCAAUCCUAACUCCGAAACUAUAUAUCGAUUUAGUUAGUGAGAAGCAGCCGCGAGCGUUGGUUUUGCUCGCGCAUUACUUCGCGCUUCUCGUGGCAUAUAAGGAGGUUUGGUGGGUUGGUGAUAUAGGACGGAGAGAAAUCAAUGGGAUCCAAUCCGCCUUGCCAGUCAGCUGGCGCCAGUAUAUGAACUGGCCAUUAGAAGUAGUACGGGAGGGGGUGGUGAGGGAGCUGAAGAACCAUCCGAUGUUGAGUUCUCUAAAUUUGGGCUCUAAGAAUCGGUGAUUCUCAUAGCUUGGCUGAAGCUUGAAGUAAUGAUAUUUACUUUCUAAAAACAGCAGAGAUGCAACUUCGGAGGUCAGCCGGGGCAUAGUUGCGCCGACUUAAAUCGUGAGGCGAUAUCUGGGAUGCACGUUGAAGGCGCAGCAGAGUUCGAGCGUGAAGUUGUCGUUUGGAAAUUUGCUAGAAGGUGGAUAUGGGAUUUACGUUGAUGGCAAGCUGUCGAGGAGUGUGCUGGUAAAGGAGGAGAAUCAAGCAAUCUCCGAAAGCGUCGAGAUAGGAGGGGCAGAAAGGGAUAUAGUAGUCUUGAAAUGCCGCAUAUAGUACUUAUUCCACCUAGAAUCCGAAAGGGGGACAUGCAUAGUAACUAGAAUUAAUAGAAUUUAUAGAAAUUAUGAUUAAAAUGAGG